GUGUCUCCAUGUUCUUUGUUGAGUUUCAAAUGCACUUUGAGAAGGAUUACUCCAACACGGCCUGGAUCCACAGCCUGAUAGACUCCACCACUAUGCUUUGUGGUCUUGGCUUUGCUCUCAGCUACACACCAGCCAUAGCGAUGGUUGGGAAGUACUUCAGUGAGAGGAAAGCUCUGGCUUAUGGCAUUGCUCUGUCUGGCAGUGGCAUUGGGACCUUCCUCCUGGCUCCUGCAGUGCAGCUCCUUAUAGAGUAUUAUUCCUGGAGAGGAGCGCUGCUCAUUCUUGGAGCAUUUGUGUCCAACUUGUGUGUCUGUGGUGCCCUGAUGAGGCCGCUGGAACCAAGAGGAAGUCAAAGGAAAUGGGAGAGCAAGCUGACAAAAUUUGGGAAAAACUGCAUGAAGACAGUGCUGGAUUUUAAAGUCCCUGAACAAAUAUCUGCUGAUUGUAUCCAAGUGGACCACAAGCAGCUGGAUGUAAAGAACUUAAAGGGUCCUCAGGGGCUCCUCAUACCAAACAGAACAUUGAAAAACUUUGGACUUGAAAAGGGCAAACUAGGUAACAUAGCAUUUCUUCCAACCCUGGAGCCAUCUGAUCGGAAGUUAAUAGAUCUGAAGAUAGGGAAAUGCUUUUUAUUUAGCAACUCACUAACAGACACAAUGCUAGGCAACAUUGAAUUCUCAGAUCUUAAGCUACCCAACACGACCGAGGACUUGAUAUUGGUGGAAAGCAUUAGCUUGAGCAAAAACUUGGCAGACAUGGAUGGAAAGAUAGAAGACUCAAAAUUUAAUGAAGCCAGACAAAAUGACAAUAAUCCUUUAGUAAACCCUUCAUCCAGAGGUCAGUGCUUUUGUUUCGAGUCCAGGGAGGAGUUUGGCUUCCUUUUGAUACCCAGCUUCCUGAUUUUGUCCAUGUCAUUCCUGUUUAUGGCGUAUGGUUGCAGCCCUCCAAUAGUUUACCUGGUUCCUUAUGCCCUCAGUUUGGGGGUGCAGCCUCAGCAUGCUGCUUUACUCAUGUCUGUAUUUGGAGUCUGUGGAAUUGUUGGCAAUAUCACAUUUGGAUGGAUCACAGAUAGGGGGUGUGUUAGGAGGUUUCGCAUGCUGAGCUACACGGUGGCGAUGGCCAUGGAAGGCCUCUGCUGUAUGUUCAUGCCUUUCCUUAGCUCCUUCUCCCUUCUCGUGCCUUUUUCCAUACUCUAUGGGUACUUUGAUGGUGCAUAUGUAGCACUAAUACCAGUGGUGACUUCUGACACUGUGGGCUCCACCUAUCUCACCUCAGCUUUGGGUGUGGUUUACUUCCUUCAUGCCAUACCCUACCUGCUCAGCCCUCCCAUUGGAGGUUGGUUAGUUGAUCGGACGGGAAACUAUGCAGCAACUUUCUUCCUCAGUGGGGCUUCCUUUAUCUUCAGCUCUGCAGUCCUAGCAGCAGCCAUGUUAGUCAGACACUGCCAGAGGUCCAAGUUGAACUCAGCUGCACAUUUAAACCCCAGUCACACGGCCGCUGCAGCUCUGCAGAGCAUCCUAUGACAUGUCAACCUUGCUUCUUAUUCACUGUCUGCACAGGUGCCGCUGGUCUGUGGAUGUACUAAGAUAAUAAUAAUGAGUGACUGGGCUAAAGAUCAAGAAGCAAGUGGCCAGGAAGGAAAAAACAUAGAGUUUUAGUUAUUUCACAGUGACAUUUUCCUGUUUGUUUGUUUUUUUGUUUGUUGUUGUUUUGUUUUUUUAAUGACUGGAUAAAUAUUUUCUAUAGUAAUUAACAGUAUAGUCUACUAACUGUCUGAAGUAAUUUUGCUUUUUAAAAGAUGAUACUUGAGAAGUGCCUUCCAACAUAAUUUAAAAAUGAAAGUUCCUCAUGUCUCUUUAUUUCUGUUUUUAUA